CAUCAGUUAGCCUCACUAGCAUCAGUUAGCAUCAGCUAACUGAAGCUAGCUUGAUGUUUGCUGCUGUAGCCGGUGGUUGCGGUGAUGGCUCUCCCAUGAGGUGGGAGAGCGGGACUGCUUUUUUACUGAUUCCUCUCUGAGAAAGUGUCGCUGACAUGGCCGGGGUUUUUGACAUCGAUUUGGAUCAACCAGACGAGAAUGUCUCUGACGACGAUCUGGAGGAUGGGGCCCAGCAUGGUGAAUACAUGGAGCAGUGCAGCAGCUUUGAGUUUAACAUGGACGGUUGUGAGAAGUUUGAAAUUUCCGAGAACAGCGUGAACAAGGGAACGGAGCAGAUCGGGCCGGAAUGUUUCGAAUUGCUCAAAGUUUUGGGAAAAGGUGGUUAUGGAAAGGUCUUUCAGGUCCGGAAGGUGACCGGGGCCGCAUCUGGGAAAAUCUUUGCCAUGAAAGUUUUGAAGAAGGCCAUGAUUGUUCGUAACGCAAAGGACACAGCACACACCAAAGCUGAGAGGAACAUAUUGGAGGAGGUGAAGCAUCCCUUCAUCGUGGACCUCAUCUAUGCCUUCCAAACUGGAGGAAAGCUCUACCUGAUUUUGGAGUAUCUGAGUGGUGGAGAGCUUUUCAUGCAGCUAGAAAGAGAAGGGAUCUUCAUGGAGGACACGGCUUGCUUCUACCUGGCAGAGAUCUCAAUGGCGUUGGGUCAUCUGCACCAGAAAGGAAUCAUCUAUAGAGACCUGAAGCCUGAGAACAUCAUGCUCAACAACAACGGACACGUGAAGCUGACAGACUUCGGUCUGUGCAAAGAGUCCAUCCAUGAUGGAACGUACACCCACACCUUCUGUGGGACCAUUGAGUACAUGGCUCCAGAGAUCCUGAUGAGGAGCGGACACAAUCGCGCCGUGGACUGGUGGAGUCUCGGCGCCCUCAUGUAUGACAUGCUGACUGGAGCACCUCCUUUUACAGGUGAAAACAGGAAGAAGACUAUUGAUAAAAUCCUGAAAUGCAAACUCAGCCUUCCACCUUACCUCACACAAGAAGCCAGGGACCUCCUGAAAAAGCUGCUGAGACGAAGUGCCUCAUCACGACUCGGAGGUGGAUCCGGUGACUCUGCUGAGGUCCAGGCCCAUCCAUUCUUCCGCUUCAUAAACUGGGACGAUCUCCUCGCUCGCAAAGUAGAGCCUCCCUUCAAACCCUUCCUGCAAUCAGCAGAUGAUGUAAGCCAGUUUGACUCCAAGUUCACCAGCCAGACUCCAGUCGACAGCCCCGAUGACUCCACACUCAGCGAAAGUGCAAAUCAAGUCUUCCUGGGUUUCACAUAUGUAGCCCCAUCUGUGCUCGAAAACCUGAAGGAGAAAUUCUCCUUCGAGCCCAAAGUCCGCUCUCCGCGGAAGUUCCCUGGAAGCCCAAGGACACCUGUGAGUCCAGUGAAGUUUGCGGGAGGAGACUGCUGGCCCCGCGGACCCCCGCUGACGGACACGCCGCCGCUGCUGUCCCCCAGCAGCUCUAUAGACCAGCCCAUGGAUGUCUCCACCAUGGAGCAGAUGGACACAAGUAGCGGCCUCACCACGGAGACGUCGGCUCCUCUUCCUAUCAGGCAUCCCUCAGGGCUCCAGGCGGGGCCUUACAAGAAGCAGGCGUACCCCAUGAACUCCAGGCGGCCUGAGCACCUGAGGAUGAACCUAUGACGCUCGGCUCACCAAUGAACUUCUCUCCUCUUUGUUUUUUUAAAAUAAUUUGUUAGUUUCUAAGACUUUGAUGUUGAUGCUGAUCAACAGCUCUUCCAGCAGCGCCUUCUUCCAAAGUCUGCUCAGCCUGACCUCUGGGGUUCCAUCUACUGGGCUUGGGCGGGGUGGGGAGGGGUCUGGGUCGAGCUCAGCUGGCAUUAUACGAUUUUACUGGUGCUCUUUUAUCUCCAGAUCUGCGCUGUUUUUUCCUACUGUGGACAGAGUCCCUUUGUUUUGUUUUGUUUUGUUUAGAAUCAGCGUUUUUUUUUAGGUCUGUUUUCUAUGAGCAGGUGGAUCGGCCUGGAUGUAGAAUGAUGCGUAUGAAGACAGAACCUUCCCACGCAGUCAUGGACUGAACGCCGGCUGCGUAACUGGACCAUUUCCCGUCUGCAGGAGCCGCUGCUCACCUGCUUUUGUUUUGAAUGUAAAAACCGUCCAAAAGCCUUUUUUAAAAUAAUUGUUCUUUUAUUUUUCUCCUCCAUCACUCCAAUCUAAUCUCCCUUCCUGUCACCGACACUGAUCCAGGCUAAUUUUUGCAGAAUUUUGGCGUUUAAAGGAGAAUUUCUAUCAGACUGACUUUUAGGCUUUGUUAUAAAACUGGAGCGAAGCCAUUUGACCCUCCUGUACGAAGCUGACCUCCAGUCGGAAUCAUCCGGCUGCGUUUCUGGAAACGUUUGGAAAACUGACAAGUUAUCAAUGUUGAAAGUUUCAUCCUUACUUCAUAUAUGUCCUUCAAAUACCAACCUUCUUUUUUUAAUAUAUAAAUAUAAAACUAUCAUUUGCAUCAUUGAUUGUUUUGUGAGCAGCGAUCAGGUCUGCUGGACUAAAGUGACUCUUUUAUUCCGGUAGUUUUUAGUUUAUUAAUUUAUUUUUAAGCGCUGUUUUGCUGCCACUGCAUUGUGCACUCUAUGCAAACGGAUGUAUUUAUAAUUUAGUAUAACGCGCUACAGAAUGUUGGGUCUUUUAUCCCCGUAAUGAUGUACAAAGUUUAUUUCCACUUCACUCCUCUCCAACCUCUGAUGGAGCUGCUUUUUAUUUGGAAUCGGCUUUAAUGUUUUACAGUAUUUAUUUUGUGUCACAUUAUCACAUUCCUAAGAGAUAUGUCAGAUUUUUUUUUAUAUUUUUUUAUGUUUGAACAUCAAUUGUUUACUUCUUAAAGUAAAUGGGAGUGGCGUUGUGCCUUUGAGUUACAGUGUACAUGAUGUAUUUACAGUUAGCAGUAAAUGGGAAUCAUUUUUCUUUAAAAACCGGGAUCAGCUGUUUGACUCUGCAGAGAUCACAGGAGCGGCUCAAUUUUUUUCAUUUCUGAGGAAAAACCAUCCAGCUGAUUUUCUGGAGACGUUUGUGGUUAUUUUCUGGUUGCAUUCAGGUUUAGGAAUGAAAAGUUGUAUCAUGUACAUACUGGAAUCCAAUAAAGAGGUUCUUUGUAAACCCUGCUGCUGGUGAGCUGGAAUAU